AUGAAGGCCAUGCAGAGACGCGGCUGUGUGGACGCCACACUCGCCCAUGAGGUCGAGCAGCUGCUCAGUGACGCUGCUCUGCAAAGCUACACCGCAGCAUUCACACCACGCAGCAGCAUAAAGACCCAAGAUUACACCACCGGGUUUACAUCAGGAUUUAUUUCCAAAUUCCAAGACUACACCAGUGGACUCACACCUGAUCAGACCUGCUCUACUACAUCUGCACUUGAAAAACAGCGUCACCAAAAUGGAUUCACAUCUGAAUCUGGAGUGAAAUGUAGAGAUGUAGAAAUUGGAAAACACACAUCUUUAGUCACCACUGAAACAAAUUGUCAAGACGGCCGUAAUGAAGUCACACCUGCACCAACAGAAACACUAAAGAAAAACUCACCUGUGAUAAACUCACCAGUGCAAGAGCAUGCCAGGGUCCAAGCAUCGCCUUCACCUGUUGUUCCUGCACUAAAAGAGAGCUUCAUCUCCAAUAGAGCUCAGCUCUCCCCCUCUGGACCAGAGAAAUUUGGAUUUCAUCACUCAGAUACAAAAGGGAAGUCCUUCCCAGAUCUGACCAGUUUGUCUGGAUCCUCACUGAGUCCUACUCCCCACUCCUCCAGCACACGUUUCAGUCCAGGCAGGAGGCUGAGUAGUCCUGAGAAGAUCAUUAACCUGCAUGAGCAACUGCAGAAGACUCUAAUGAGCAGCUGUCAGGCUCCAGUGAGCAGAGGAAGAGGACAGCAGCCCAGGAAAAGUCAAUCAUUUUCAGCUUCUGCAGACCUGGGACCAGCCUCUCAGACGAAGAAGCAGAGCCUCAGUUCCAAUAAACCCCUCACCGACUCUCUCCCAGUCACCGCUGCUUUGAGCCAAGCUAAGCACACUCCAACAGUAACAACCACAAAUAAGUCUACAACACUGUUUAAUGCAGUUGCCUCUCGAUCUGCUAAUAUAACAUUGGGUCCCAACAUGUUUGCUCACUGUCGCUUUAAAGCAUCUGAAACCUCGUCUGUUCUAUCCAGCUCUUCUAACUUUCCUUUUGCAACAAUGGCACAAUCCGUCUCAAGCAGUGGCAUUAAUAUAACAACAUCCCCAAGACCGGAAAAGAAAAUCACUGCUAUCCCGGCUAAAUCUGAUGCUAAACACACAGCUUCUACUCCUUUAACUCGGAGGACCACUACCUUUGACUCUGAUGUCUCGACAUGGCGUGACACUAAUCUAAAAACCACUGCCUCAGACAAAACUGCCCCGAGCGUAUCAACUGCCCCCGAGGCAAAUCGUUCUGACAUGCCUUCUAAAACGGAUGGUGUUGCACCUGCAUAUCAUGGACUUGUAUUUGCUGCAUCCUCCACUUGGCCUGUUCACUGCUCUCCUGAGACAUCCAACAGGUCUGCCACAGAAUCCACUGCUGCUCUAGAAAAGGCCAAGACAGAAAGACCCAAACCAGAAGCUCCAGUCGAGGUUCGAUCUGUUGAGGUAAUCAAAACAGUGGGCCAGAGCAGCCUCAUGAUUGGCUGGGAAAGGCCGCCACUUGACGAGCUGGGCUGCAGUAACGGCACAUUUGUGUACGGAUACAGGGUAGGCAGAGACUACAUGGACUGA